AUGGCCGUUUUCGAUCCAACCAAUGUCGAUCUUACGACAGCAGACCAGGCAAAAGUCAUCUGCUACUUCGCUCUUGGCGAAAAUGAAUACAACGGUCAACUCGGCGCGCGGAUAUCAUCCAUCUUCGUUAUCGGCUUUGUCUCGACGAUCGCCACAUACUUCCCUGUCAUCGCCUGCAAGAAACCGUCUUGGAAGAUUCCCCUCGGUCUGUACACGUUCGCACGCUUCUUUGGUUCCGGUGUUAUCGUCGCUACAGCCUUUAUCCAUCUACUAGACCCAGCAUACGAAGCCAUCGGUCCAGGCAGUUGCAUAGGGAAAAGUGGAGGCUGGGCGGAGUAUCCUUGGUGCGCUGCCAUCGUACUGACAUCCAUCAUGGCUGUCUUUUGCGUAGACCUGGGUGCAGAAGUAUACGUCGAACAUAAAUUCGGUGUCGCAAAGGAGGAAGCUGGCGGCUCGGAUAGCGCAUUCCUACGCUCCGAUAGAAACACCAAUCCAGCUGUAUUAGUUAUAGACACCGGAGCUCAUGCCUCAAUGCAACACCGGCAUCACCAGCAUCGGAAAGACACAGCCAGUCUCCACAGCAAAAGCUCCACCUCUUCGAAUAUGACGUCGUCAACAGCAGAUCGUCUGUCCUUCGCCCAGCAAAUAGUCGCUUUCCUCGUUCUGGAGUUUGGAAUCAUAUUCCACUCGGUCAUCAUCGGUCUGAACCUUGGCGUUGUAGGCGAUGAGUUCUCAACCCUCUUCCCAGUCCUUGUGUUUCACCAAUCCUUUGAAGGCCUUGGUAUUGGUGCCCGGUUGUCCAAUAUUCCCUUCCCACGGAGCAAGAGCUGGAUGCCGUGGGCUCUCUGCGCCUUGUACGGUCUUACUACCCCCACUUCUAUUGCCAUCGGGUUAGGCGUUCGCACAACCUAUCUACCUGAGAGCAAGGUCAGCUUGAUGGUCCAGGGUGUGUUGAAUAGCGUUAGUGCUGGUUUUCUGAUAUAUAGUGGGUUGGUGGAGUUGCUAGCCAAGGAUUUCCUGUUUGAUAGGCAAAGGACGAAAAACCUCGGGAACUUAGGACUGAUGGUGAUUUACGUCUUUGUAGGAGCCGCGACUAUGGCGCUCAUUGGUUAUUGGGCAUAG